UAUAGAUGAAUAUAGAUUCUAUAUAGAGACAUUUCCUUUUUACUUCUGGACAAAUGCAGCAAUGGUUGGGUUUCAAAUUAAGCUUCUGUUACUCUGCGUCAUGGGUGUUCUGUCAGUGUGUUUGAGCUCUCAGGCUGGUUUAACUGUAGAAGCAGAUCCUGGUGAUGAUGUCACUCUCUGCUGUCAGCACAGUCUGACUAGCUCAGGUUACCUGUUCUGGUUCAAGCAAACAAACGGUUCUGUGCCAGUUCUUGUUGCAUGCAAACAAUAUAAAUUAUUUGAUCCAUCAGUUUCUUGCUAUUUCUUUAAUGAAUAUGAGCAAAUGGUGAUGACAGUGGAAGGCAAGAACUCCUCUCUCAUAAUAACUGCAGCAAAUCACUCUGAUUCAGGACUCUAUUACUGCAGCUUCCUGCAGCACAACCACAUGAUCUUCAGCAACGCAACAUACUUGCAAGUGAAAGUUCAAAGUAGUUUCACUGGCAGAAAAAAAGUUGUAAAAAGCCAAAAAGUCAAACUCAGGAAAGAGGUGAAAAAAAGCCAAAACAAAGUUGGAAAACCAGACAAAGCCAGAGCAGGAAUAGCAACUGAGGCAGCAGAGUUCCUCCUUGUUAUUUCCAAUGUGGCACACGCUUGUUCCUACCUGAUGGUCCUUAUCUGUGCCCUGGAACUAAGAUACACCAACAAACUGAAUUACGCCUUUGAGAAGAUCUUCCUAGAGCUGGAGAAUGCUUCAGACCUGUUUCAGGAAACCCCAAUGCACCCUCUGAUGGAGACUCAUCAUCCAAUAACUCCUAAAGACCGAUGUCCUCAUGCUGAUUAA